GAGACCCAGAGUACCAGCUCAGAGGAGAUAGUGCCAAGCCCGCCCUCGCCUCCCCCGCCGCCCCGCGUCUACAAACCCUGCUUCGUGUGCCAGGACAAGUCCUCAGGGUACCACUAUGGUGUCAGCGCCUGCGAGGGCUGCAAGGGCUUCUUUCGGAGAAGCAUCCAGAAGAACAUGGUGUACACUUGUCACCGGGAGAAGAACUGCAUCAUUAACAAAGUCACCCGCAACCGCUGCCAGUACUGUCGGCUGCAGAAGUGCCUGGAAGUCGGGAUGUCCAAGGAGUCCGUGAGGAACGACCGGAAUAAAAAGAAAAAGGAUGAGAAGAAGCAGGAGUGUACGGAGAGCUACGUGCUGAGUCCCGACACAGAGCAGAUGAUCGACAGGGUUCGCAAGGCACACAAGGAAACUUUCCCCUCUCUCUGCCAGCUGGGCAAAUACACUACGAGUAACAGCUCAGAACGACGUGUGUCCUUGGACGUAGACCUAUGGGACAAGUUCAGCGAACUCUCCACUAAGUGCAUCAUAAAGACAGUGGAGUUUGCGAAGCAGCUGCCCGGCUUCACGACGCUCACCAUCGCUGACCAGAUCACCCUGCUCAAAGCCGCCUGUCUGGACAUCCUGAUACUGCGGAUCUGUACACGCUACACACCAGAGCAAGACACCAUGACUUUCUCAGAUGGACUCACGUUAAACCGAACCCAGAUGCACAACGCCGGCUUUGGUCCCCUCACCGACCUGGUUUUCGCCUUCGCCAACCAGCUCCUUCCUCUGGAGAUGGACGAUGCAGAGACAGGGCUGCUCAGCGCCAUCUGUUUGCUGUGUGGAGAUCGUCAGGACUUGGAAGAGGCAGAGAAGGUGGACGUCCUGCAGGAGCCCCUGCUGGAGGCGCUCAAAAUUUAUGUAAGGAAGAGGAGGCCCCACAAACCGCACAUGUUCCCCAAGAUGCUGAUGAAGAUCACUGAUCUGAGAAGCAUCAGUGCUAAAGGCGCUGAGCGCGUCAUCACCCUGAAGAUGGAGAUCCCCGGCUCCAUGCCCCCUCUCAUCCAGGAGAUGCUGGAGAACUCGGAAGGUCUGGAAAGCGGGGCCACAGGCAGCCGGCCGAGCGGUGCCCCCCCAGGAAGCUGCAGCCCCAGUCUGUCCCCCAGCUCUGCCCAAAGCAGUCCAGCCACACAAUCGCCAUAGUAACGGCCCACCUUUUAAACGUUUUCCUCACAAUGCUCUGUCUCCUCCGUCGGUGUUCUCAAGAGGAGGAGUGAAGGGAGGGGGGCCUGGACUCUGACUGCUGAACACAGGAGACUGGCAGAGCCAACCUCCUCCUCUCCUACGUCACAAAACCCCUUCACCUCCUGACCUGCUUUCCCUCACUCUGGAGCACUGUCUUGACUCGAGGGGAGGUAAGGCCGGGCCAGGGCAGGCCGGGGCGUCAGGAUGCCUCCUGAGAGACCACACCGUAAACACUGCUGAUGACUCCUCCGUCUCCCUCCACUCUCCUCUCCAUCGCUGCUCCUCCCCUCUCCACCUCUCUCCAAAAGACUGAUGAAAUGGAAUCUGGAUGCAGUGGAGACCAGUGUUGAAUGGACCUGAGACUGGGUGGGACAUCAUGGGACAAAUAUAUGGACAAGGACGGUGCAUACAGACUGAUUUGACGAACACCAGACACUUUUUGUUGUUGUUGUACUCUGAGGCAGACUGCGAGCUCGGGACUUGUCAUAAGACCCCCCCUCCUCCUCAAAGACUUUGGGUCUUUUUUUUUUCUCUUUUUCCAACUUAAAAAAAAAACAGAU